UUUUUUUUUUUUUUAGUUGAAAAAAAAAAAAUGGGUAAACCACAAAUUUCGAUCAGACUUAAGGAAAACGAAAGCUGUUAUCAGGAGGAUGAAAAUAUUCCAGUUUUGAUCCAUUUACGUCUUGGCAAGGAAUGGAAAAACCCUUCUCUUACCAUCCGCUUUAAAGGAUGUGCUAGCUCUUACAAGAACAGUAUCAAGCAACACAUGGAGACGAUUUUCGAAUAUGAGCAACCAAUCCCUAUUGAGAUUUACAAUAAGCAUCCUUAUAAUACAACACACAAGAUUGAUCAUUCUGUAAUGAUUCCUCCGGAUAUCAAAAUCCCUAAUUCCAAAGACUUGAAUGGUGGUUGUGGUGGGAAAAUUGAAUAUACAAUCGAAGUACAUCUAGAAUCAGAGGGAAUUUUCAAAAACGUUGCACUUGCAAAUCAAACUAUAACAGUUGCUCUUGCUGCUAAAUUAGAUAUUACCGAGAAUAAACUAGAAGAACAAAAGGAGUCGACUAGAUGCUGGCCACAGGAACAAGGAGCAGAUACUUGCACACUUACAGCUUGUAUUCCUCAUGGGGGAUGGUUACGUGGUACAUUAAUUGGAGUUCAGAUCUACUUCAGGCAGCCUGAAAUCUAUCAACCUGUUAAAGCUGUUAAGGUUGAGUUCAUUUGUCAAGAAUUUAUUGCUUUAGCUAAAGACAGCAUACCUGAUACAACUUACCAGUUGAACGAUGAGAUUAUCCAAACUACUAAAAAAGAUGUGGUAAUGCAGUCUAUAUUCGGUCAAAUGAAAGCCUUUUAUCAAGACGUUGAGAUUCCCAUCCCACUUUAUUUGACACCAACAAUAAGCAAAUCUAUUGCCAAGGUAAUGAGAUUAGAUUACAAAAUUCGUGUUACCAUUGAGCUUCCAGGUAAGCAAAAGGCUCUCUCUGUGGAUUUGCCUUUUGUGAUCGGUACAGAAAAACCCGACAAAAACAACUUUAUGAGGCAGGAGGUACAUUUUGGUGACAAUCAGUCUCGUCAAUUUGGUAAUCAUAUAGAAGUACUCAACACGACUAAUCAACAAGAAAGUACAGGUGAAUAUCUUACAGAUAGAUAUCGCCCAACCCCAUUUCAAUACCCUCCGAUUCAAGCCGUAGUUCCUUCACAUCCGUUCGGAUACCCUUCAAACCCAAUUAUAAAUUUUCCAGCUCUUUUCCCUCCCCGGAAUGCGUCCAACAACACAUAUCUAUCAAUGGUCAGCAGUACAGUUUAUAUGGCACCGUAUAAUCCUAGUGCCGAAUCAUCAAACCAAACCCGAUCAAAUUCCAAUCCCAUUUUUCAAUACUUAUAGUCAAUUUUACAGGUACAAGCUUAAACCACUCAUGUAGCACAAACUAGAAGGUACAAAGAGUAUUGUCAUAUACAAUCCCGCAAUAGGGUGUAAUUUGUGGAUGAAUACUUUGAUAUUAAGUUACUUAGAUGUAGUUUUUGUAAUAAAAUGGAAUCAAUUGGCCGGAAUAUUUUAUGCUUUCUUU